AUGAAUUUCUUUUCUUCGAGUUUUAAUGCUGAAAAGGUUUUAAAUGAUCUUAGACUGUCCAUCACUGAGUCGAGAAGUUUCGAAUCAGUUGAUGAAUUUGAACAAUACUUACGGAACACGGAUGCUGCACUUGUCGCGCAAUUACAAAAGCUAGAAGUUCGGGGAAAUUUAGAGAAGAAAUCAUUUACUGGGCUCAACAGGGAAGCUCGGCUAUCACAGAUGUGUGCACGAAGAGGAAGAAACGUAACUGAACCUGUCGAGCAGUUAAAAGGAAGCUUCAAUAAAAGAUGGAAUAGUAUUAAUUUGUUCCGAACAGAUCAGCAGGGACCAAUGAGACGCCUAGAGGAAUGCAUGGAACAAGGACAUUCAGUAUGUAUUAGUUUGCGAGGACGAAAUUGUGUGAACUCUUUCAUUCAAGCAAAAAUUGUCGCGUUUGAUAAGCACUGGAACCUGCUGAUAAGAGACGGUGAUGAGAGUUUCAAGCCAUCAGUACGAAUGAACUGUCGAGCUAGCAAAAGUAUGCAGAUAACAGGACCACACCAAUAUUCUCAAAGCCAGUGUGAGAGCAGGGAAGGUAAAACAGAAACAAUAUGGCGACGUCAUCUACCGUGUUCUCUGAUACGUGGAGACGACGUUGUCCUAAUAUUCGUUUCUCCACGAUUGCCUGUUAAGCACUUCUUACGGUAAGUGCGUUUGCAGAGACUUUUAUACUUUGGUUAUAUGCAGUUUGUGGCAAAAACAUUUGGAAUAUUUAGGGAUGAUCAGCAAAGAACUGAGA